CAACAUUGCCAUUAGAAGACUAAUAAAAUGAUUAUCAUUUUCCAACACUUCACAAAAUUAGUCCGUGCUGCAAAAUAUUCAUCGUCUCAAAUAUGAAGCCCGAAAUCAACUUGAGCAUUAAUAAGACUCGAGUCGAGGCGACGAGAGCAUCAACAUUCAACUGUAGCAAUGGCGGGCACCAUUCAAACCCUAAUGCUGGCACCUCCGUCUCCGCAUACGCCAAGGCUUCUGUUCCGCCAUUGGGCACCAAGUCCACCCGCAGUUCGUCCCCGAAGUUGCUCCAAUCCUUCACUAUCUUUCAAUCACAGCUGCUCAGUUCGCGUUCCUACCAUAAUCAGAGCCUGCAAAUCAUCAAAUCAGGAUGGUGGCAAUGGAAGUGAGGCUGCAAGGAGUUCUGAUUCGGCUAAGGAGGCCGGGUGGGGGAAGCCGUUGCUCAGUUUUGUGGGGAAUAAUUUUCUGCCAUUGGCUCUUAUGGGUGGAGUAGUGCUUGGACUUGCAAAUCCCAGUCUUGGCUGUCUCGCUGAUCGAUAUAAACUGUCGAAAUUUAGCACAUUUGCGAUAUUCAUUAUCUCCGGUAUGACGUUGCGUAAUGGGGACAUUGGCGCUGCUGCAGAAGCAUGGCCAGUGGGAGUUCUUGGGCUUUUCUCCAUCUUAGUAUUUACUCCAUGUUUUUCAAGGGCAAUUGUUCAAAUUCAUCUCCAACCGCAGGAGUUUGUGUCAGGGUUAGCCAUAUUUUGCUGCAUGCCAACCACAUUAUCCAGUGGCGUGGCUCUGACUCAGCUUGCUGGUGGUAAUUCAGCUCUCGCUCUUGCAAUGACGGUGAUAUCAAGCCUUUUGGGAAUUUUGAUGGUUCCAUUCUCUAUCGCCAAGUAUGUAGCCACUGGAGUGGGUGUAACUGUUCCAACCAAGGAACUGUUUAGAAGUCUAGUUACUACCCUUCUAAUACCACUUAUCUUGGGGAAGGUAAAUACUACGUACAUUUCAGGCUUGGCAGACUUUGUUGAUCAAAACCGCCGGCUCUUCUCGAGGAUAUCAGCUGUUCUUCUAAGUUUAGUUCCGUGGAUACAAGUGAGCAGGUCAAGGUCGCUGUUGCUUAUGGUGAAGCCUGCAGUUUUCUUGGUGGCAGUUGGAAUGGGGAUAAUUCUGCACCUCGUCCUGUUAGCCUUCAAUGCUAUCUCCAUAAACAGCCUCGCCGCUCUUUCUGGUGGCGACCAUUCAGUUUUUUCUAAGAAAGAAAAUGCUACUGCUUUUCUGCUCGUUGCGAGCCAGAAAACGCUUCCUGUACUGGUGGCUGUAGUAGAACAGCUCGGUGGCGCAUUUGGCGAAUCCGGACUGCUGGUUCUUCCAUGUGUUGCCGCCCAUUUAGUUCAGAUUAUCAUCGACUCUGUUCUCGUUAAUGGAUGGCUUCGUAAAGAUGCUGCUCCCAAAACGGCAAGGUAGCUUUGAGCAAGUGGAACAGUUAGGAUAUGGUGCAACUGCAAGUAACCCUCAGAAUGAAUUGUUUGUCAAAUAGUUGUUCUUUUACUUGGUUGUAACAGAAAUGACAUGAAAAGGAUUCCUUCUGCAUUCGUGAAAAAGAAAAGAGAGAUUCUUUCUUGAAAAUUAGGAAACGAGAAUGGCUGUCUUACAUUAU